UACAAACCAAUUGUGUUUAAUAUGCAGACAACGUGUAAGGUUCUGUUAAUGCCUUAAACGACAUUCCUUUAUCAGGGUAUGGUCAUAAACGGUUUAAGAAAAAAUGUAUGUGCACAGGUAGAUUUUCGGCCAUUACCUGAUCUCGCUCAGCAUGUAAACACCUUUACCGGUUUAUCCAAUGUGCUCAAGUUUUGUGUGCAUUCCUGUUUAUAUUUUGACGUCAAAUGCAGGGAAUAACCUGACGAUUUCAAAUCUCAUGUAAAUGCAGAUUUCUUGAAUUGUUGGUUUUCUUAAAUAAGCAGAUUUUUUAUAGUUAUCUGCGUAUUGCUGUGCAUGUAAACUAGUGGUCGACCUAUAUGGGUUUUUUAAUGGCCGAUGCCGAUAUCCAGAGAGCAGGAUGGCCGAUACAAUGCCGAUAUAUCACACAAUGUGGUAAAUAAGCAUAAAAUUGCAAAACAAUAAAUCAAUAUUAUUAUUUAGCACUAUAUUUACUCAAUCCGCACUCACGGAUCCAUCUCCUGACAGUUUAAACGGCCUGGAUCGCCUACUUGGAUUGUCACAGACAGACCGUCAUGAUUUGUGAAUGAGAGGAGCUUUUGAUCCUGAUCUUGAAGUUUUUGAUUACGGCUGAUAGAAUACGCGCUUCAGAGGAAUAUAUUAGAUGAGCGCUCGACGGGAAGAAAACGCUGGAUUUUCGUGAGCUCUCAUCUGGUGCCCUGCAACUGUCCAUACCCUCUCUGAACUGGUGCGACCGAGUGGAAUUGAAAGGCUGAUUGGAGAGAAUAUCUGCCACCCAGGUAAAAUGGCUGAUUCUACAGAAGCAGAGAGCUGAACAUCACACAUUGCCCCCUUUUCUUCUUUGUUCGAGGAUCAUUUUAUGUGGACAUUUCCCCUUCCAUUUCAAAUUUUUCAUCAUGGCUAUGCAUGAUAUGAAUCGUGCCAAGGGUUUCCCUUGCAAAGAAUGCGACAUGAUUUGCCCAAGUACACCUAGCCUUCUGGAGCAUAUGAAAGCACACUACCAUCAAGAAGAGAAUGGCAGAUUUGAAUGUGAGCAGUGUGGACGCAUUUUUAAGCAUGCCAGUAGCUUGGCUUCUCACAAAAAAACUCAUGAGAUGGGCUCCUUCCAAUGCCCAGUGUGCACCAGAACGUUGCCCAAUGCAGUGGCACUAAAAAACCACCUCCGCAUCCACACCCUGUCUCCAAGUGCCCAAGCUGAAGAGGAGCACGAUGACAAUGCCGAUGAAGACAGGGAUUAUAAUCUAGCACACGAUCUGUCUGACGCAAAUUUCAGGAGUCACAUAAACAACAGUGGAAUGCUGCCUGGCCAUGAUCCUGAUAAGCAAAAAUCUCCAGGAUCUGAAGAUGCCUGGGACAGACCAUUUAAGUGUGACCAAUGUGACAGGACGUACCGACACCAUGGCAGCUUGGUUAAUCACAAGAAGUCCCAUCAAGAGGGCACAUAUAAGUGCAAUGUCUGUUACAAACAGUUCAACAAUCUCGCGGCCCUUAGUGCUCACGAGCGCACACAUUCGAAAUUUAAACUCCCUGGAAUGUCCAUGGGGGCCCUUGUUCCUGAAGCAGCAUCUGACCCUCGCCCCCCAGGGCCCCAGAAUGAUGACAUGACACCCAGCUUUUGCCACUUAUGUCAGGUGGCUUUGCCUAAUAAGAAUGACUUUCAAGAACAUAUUUUGUUACAUAAUGCUGCAUCAUCUUCGUUGGGGCUGCCACGUAGUUUCUCCAGUAUAGUGUCACAUAAUCUUAGCACUGUUCGCUCCCCCACAGUCAAUUUGUAUACACCUGCUUUAGGUGACCCUCUACCGCUUCCUCCAUUACCAGACAAGCGUUACGACCCAAUGCUUGGGCCUCCUGUUAAUAGUUCCAUAUACACCUGUGCGUAUUGCGGAACAGGACAUCGUGACUUAGAGAGUCUCAAAAUUCAUUAUCUUACCCAUGACCCACACACCACAACACAUGUGCAUGGGAGCCCUGCUAUUUUAAAUUCAGAUGAACUGGCUUCAAAUUCGCAACAAUCGGUAUCGUCAUCCAAUGGCGGGACGCGAUCUCAGAAUGAGUCCGCGGCCAUUGAUGAUGCUGAACGUAGAUUUAAGUGCCAAGAGUGUGGGAAAAGCUAUCGACAUGCAGGGAGUCUAGUUAAUCAUAAACGCUCCCAUCAGACAGGUCAUUAUCAGUGCACUGUUUGCUGUAAGCAGUAUCCACACUUAGCCGCCCUUCACAGCCACCUCCGCAGUCACAAGACUCGGCCGAAUUCGCAGUCGAUGGGCACAGAGGGAGAUUGGCUUUCCUCUGAGCCAAUGACAGGGUUAGACUCUCAACAAGGCUUUGUACAUUCUCAGGACCAGGAGAGUAGUGCUACAACACCUAUUUCGCUCCCUGGUAAUCUUGGUGAUGCAGCCCACUUUGUCCCAGACGGUGGCCAUAACAGUGGCCUAGAUUCAUUGGAAUUCCAUGACCGAUUUGACGGCACUCUCACUCAAAGCAGUUCUGGCCAUUCCCCUCUUCCACAAAAUCAUCGUCAAGCAAAUAGUGUCAACCAGGGCGCUAUGUCCAAUGGUUACCUGGGUAACAUGAGCUUCCAUAGUGCAGGUGGUGCCUCCCUGCCAGCAGGGAGUGCCAACCUCAAAGAAAGUAGUCGACAGCGGCGUGGUCACGAACAGAUGCCUUACGGUGGAGGACAGGCUAACUCCCUGAGCAACAGUAAGAGAAUGGAUAACAAAGACGAUGAUGAUGAUGGAGAGGUUUACCAGUGCACCAUCUGCGGAAACCAUUACGCCAGCUUGAGGGCGCUUCGUAGCCACUUGCGAAGCCAUGGGGUCAACCAAGGGGCGGGGCCCUCCUCUACCUUCUCUCCAAUUGGUGAGCAAGAGUGGAGGAGGCGACAAGAGGGUAUUGCAGCCGGUCUUUUGAUCUGUAGCACCUGUGGCCAGAGCUUCAGCAGAAAGCAGGACUUGCUAAACCACCAGCUGGUCCACGGACCUGCCAGGCCAGAUGGAUCUGCACAAGACUUAGGUGGUGCUAGCUCUAAUUCUAAUGGCAAAAUGGAUGGAAGGAACCACAUUUGCGUUGACUGUGGCAUGUUCUUUGCAGAUCGUCAUCAGCUGAUCACUCACCUGUGUCCAGGCAAGGCGAGAGCAGGGGGAUUGAACAAGAGCUUGAACGGAGCUAAAGGGAUGACGGGUAGUGCUGGUACCAGUGGUGACGGGGGCACCGUAGACCCUCGGCAGAUGCCAGACUCUGAUGAUCGGCCCCACAGGUGCGACCAGUGUGGCAGAAGUUACAGGCACCCCUGCUCCCUGCUCAACCAUAAGAAAUCUCACAAGACUGGGGUCUUCCGCUGCCUUGUCUGCCAAAAACGCUACUACAACCUACUGGCUCUCAAGAACCACCAGCGGACUCAUUUUGACUUAAAGAGGCACAAGUGCGAGGAGUGUGGGAAAGCCUUUAAGAUUCAGAAGCAGUUGAUAAAUCAUCUGCGCUUGCACGAAGAGCACAGAGUGAAGACUGGAGAUCAACGAGACCAACAGGUUCAAGGCAUGUCUCAUCCCAACGGUGCCCACUAUGAGGGAGGCCCAUCACAGCUCCAAGCUAUGAGGAUGGGGGAACCCAAAAUUCCAAACCCUCCCAUGAACACCAAUUAUGGUGAACCUCAAGGUUACAAGAAACCAUAUGCGGGGGCCAGGGCUCAGCAAGUUGAUGAUGGCAGCGGCCGCCGCCCCUUUGCGUGCGAUCAGUGCGGACGCACUUACCGUCAUGCUGGCAGUCUGGCCAAUCAUAAGAAUCUACAUAAAAUUGGUGAAUACCACUGCAACGUGUGCAACUCCACUUAUCCGAAUCGACUGGCAAUGAAGAACCACCUCCGCAUGCAUUUCGCUCUUAAGAAGUAUACAUGCACUGAUUGUGGUAGGGGCUUCAGGAACCAGCGGCAGCUUGAAACGCACACCAGCAACCAGCUCUGCAAAGAUCUUCCUGGCCCCCUUCCUGGUCCCAGUGUGCAGAGCGCUCCUCCUCCAUCCGAAUAUGAAUGCGAUGGGUGCUCGCAGAUCUUUUCUACAACCACAGACUUGGCCUCACAUAACUGCAGUUCCCAGCUUCCAUCUUCCUCGGCCUCCCUCAACAGCUCUAGUAUGAGCAUGGAGACGGGUGACCUGGGUUCUCCAGAGCGUGAAGAACGCCCUUUCACCUGUGACCUUUGUGGCUGCUCUUACAAGCAUGCUAGCAGUCUGCUCAACCAUAAAAAUACACACAAAAUAGGCAACUUCAGCUGCUCGUAUUGCGACAAGCCCUACUCCAACUACAUGGCCCUGCGCAACCACAUGCGCAUCCACACGCAGAAGAAGCGCCAUAUCUGCUCGACGUGUGGCAAGGCUUUCCGGUUGGCCCGCUUCCUACGGAACCACCAGAGAGUCCACGAGGAGGGCCACACACGUUUUGGCUGCCCCACCUGUGGGAAGAGCUUCCAGGGUCGAUCUGGGCUGGCCAGGCACCGCUGCGGGGACAACCAGGUAGGCAGAGAGGGCGUGAGGAAGGCCACUUCAAGCACAAGAGAGGAGUGCCGGUUCACAUGUGACCAGUGUGGCCGUUCCUAUCGGCAUGCCAGUUCACUCCUUAACCACAAAAAUACCCACACCGUCGGCAUCUACCACUGCGCAGUGUGCCUCAAGACCUACUCCAACCUGCUCGCACUCAAGAACCACCGUCGCAUUCAUUCUGAGACUCGGCGACACCGUUGCCCUGAAUGCGGCAAGGCUUUCCGUGUCUCUUCCCAGCUACACAAUCACCGCCGUGUGCACCAAAAGGAGCGUGAGCUUGCCUGCACUCUGUGCCAGCGGAGCUUCCCCACCCAGACUAGCUACCGGCUCCACUUGGAAAUGCAACAUAACCAUGCCCCGAAAUCAUCGCAGCAGCCUGGGAUUUCGUCCAGUCGCUCUGAUUUGAGUUGGAGCUCUGGGCUUGACCUUACGCUGAUGCAGGCCCAGGGAAUGGAUCCUAAUGGGCUCCCAAAGCAUAACACAUCACACCACGGUCCCAGUGCCAAUGGCUCAUCUGGGCAUCAGCAACAGCAUUUACCUCAGAGUUGCAAUGAGGCAGGGUGCAAGUCGCAUGUCUGCGAUCAGUGCGGCCGUGGUUACCGGCAUGCCAGCUCGCUUCUGAAUCACAGGAACAGCCACAAGAUGGGCACCUAUUUCUGCAGUUCCUGUCAGAAGGAAUUCUCUAACCUCAUGGCACUCAAAAACCACAGACGUAUCCACACAGAACCCAAACGUUACCAGUGCCCGGACUGCUGCAAAGCUUUCCGUGUUUCCACCCAACUCAUCUGCCACCGACGCAUCCACACCAAGGAGAAGCCUUUCUCGUGUCAACAGUGUGACAAGUGCUUCUCCAGCAAGUCCAACUUAAGACACCACCAAAAGGUCCAUUGGAAUAGUUCGGCACCUUCUAGUGGCCGGAACAUGGGCGCCACCAACUUCUUGGGUAUGCCCUCUGGGCCUUUUGUAUAAAUGGAAGCAGAACUUUUGGUUUGUUAUGGUGGUUCAUGCCAAGGUUUUUGGAGGUGCCAACCCCCCCCACGUCCCCUUUUGCUCUCACCCAUCUUCAUCUCUGUUGCUGUGAGGCUUCUGUUGAGCAGGUUGUUGCUUAGGUUAAGAGAAUUGUCCCUGCAUGUAAACAUUUGAUUAAACAAUGGACUCAAAGUGGGCCGUCACAUCAUUUAAAGACUGUUAGUUUUUAGGUCAUAACACAUUUUCCAACACUUACCACCGGUGACCUUAGUUGGAUUUUCAUAGUUCCCUUUGGGGGUGGGGGACACUGAGGGCCCCUGCCUUCAUUUUCUGAUAACAGCCUUUUAAAGUAGUGCAAACUAUUCAAAAUAGAGUCCUGUUUUAAUGGACUCUAUGCACGGAACGAAGCCUACGUAUUUCCUGUCAAAUCUCAGGGGGCUAACAAUCUUCUGGUAUCGUAUCCAGCUAACGCUAAAGUGUCAAGAGCUAUAGCAAACUAAUAUUCUUUCUAAAAUAAAGCGAUUUAUCACAACAAAUGUGAUUUUAUUUAGUAGAAGUAUAAAAAUGAUCUCCGUAAUGAGCUUCAAAAGUGUAAAUACAUAUGUUUUAAAGCUUGCAGUAUGGCCAAGCUCUACUAUACCGUUGUGUAAGGCUUCUUCUGUGUGCAGAGUAUUUACAUCCAGUGAUUGUACAGUGAUUUGCAAGUGAGAAAUACAGCAACAAGCGAUUCGAGAGCACAAACAAUCACCUGAAGACGACGUGGGACAGUUGCUCUGUUACUCAGCUUAGGUUUUAGCACCAUCUGCAGGGUGACAAAACAUCACUGAGAACACACACAGUACUGAUUUCUUUGUAAAUUAUUAUAUUUUCCCUCUAUUCAAAGCAUGAGUUUACACAUGAGUAAAGCACUGCUGAGAAGAAAAAAAAUGUACAGUUGAGGAUUAAUUCGUUUUUAUUCAUAUAAUCUAUAAUAUCACACCACAAUAUUCAAAAAUAUAAGGACUGAUACAAUAACACAAUUGGUAACACUUUACAAUAAGGUUAUUUGUUAACAUUAGUAUUAGUAAAAUACUUUUACAGCAUUUAUUCAUCUUAGUUAAUGUUAAUGCCAACAUAUUAAUAGAUUUAAAAAAUCAAAAGCUGUUAACAUUAGUUAAUUAAUGCACUAUGAACUAACAAUGAACAAUUCUAUUUUUAACUAAUACUGACAAAGAUGAAUAAAUACUGUAAAAAAUUUAUAUUAUUAAUUGUUUGAUCAUGAUACCUAAUACAUUAAUGCAUAUUAACGACUGGAACCUUAUUUUAAAGUGUUAACACAUCAUUUAGUCUAUAUUUAUUGGGUCAAAUUACUGCGUCAUUGUCAAAUGUACUUUUUUUUUUUUUUUUGCAAAUAAAAGGAAAAAAGGAGAAUAAAAUGUUCACUUCUCAAAAGCAUUCGGCCAUCAUCAGUGUUCUCUUCAGUUCGGCAGAUCCCUGCACAGGCACAUGACAAGUCUCUCAGAAACGGGACACGGUUUUUAUUAAUGUAAAUUUUACUGAAAGUGAAAAUGAUAUUAUGCUGCAUAAAUACAAUACAAUAAACUAAUAUUGAUCACUAUUAGACAAAAUGUAUGGUUAAAGUAAGAGUCACUAUGUUAAGAAAUAUAUUACCAUUCACUCCAGCAUUUGAUGUGAAGCUGGAGCAUCAUCAAUUAUUAUAUUAUAUUAACAUAUAAAAUCACAGACUUUAUCUAGCAAAAUAAAUCAAAUUAAUUACAUAUGUAAUACAGUCAGAAACAGGGACCAUGCGAAGCCUGUGCUGGUCUAUGGCUUGUGAAUAUUCACCCUCAUUUUGAUCGAAAUAUCUUAAAAUGCACAUUGUUAAAACACUUCUUUUUACUGGAUGGAGCAACAGCUCCGUGUCUCAAUGUGCGAUGGAUAUUGUCCAAUGUCAUCCGCAGAAACUUGUAAAUAACGCGUGUGAAAAGUAAUUUUCCUCCGAGUCGUCUUGACAGCAUUUAUCAGCGUAGGAAGAAAUAGUUAAGUGUGGUAAAGUAAGUAAGUUCGGAAGUAAGUGUACCCCAUGAGGCGAAACGCGGAAGUGACCGUGCAUAGAGUCCAUUCUUAACUUUUAGAUGAGGCAUUUCCAUUUAUAUGGGAAAUAACCACCGAUUUCCACCGGACUCAUAUUAGAUCAGAAUUGUUUUUGGGAUUUCACAAUGGGCAGGCUAAAUUAUAGCGAUUGUAUAGUGACUGGUUCAAGAUUAACACGAAAAAAGCACGCCUGAAAAAUCAACCAUAUUGAAAUCAUACGUUUCAUUUUAUGUCCAGCUACCCCUUGAACCAGCCUUGAAAGCAUUCACAAUUUCCAAUCCUAGACUAUACAAAGAAAACGUGUUGAUUGUCCAAUGAAUUAACAAGUAGAAGUACAGUAACUGUUUAACAGUGUAUAGAGCGUAUUUGAAAAGUCUUCAGUUAUUGGAGGCAACACAUCUCUGUGUUGUGCAGAACUGUCCACGUUCUUUUAUUUUGUAUUUUACCCCCGUUCUUUUGACGUUCUAACUUUUCUAACAUGUGGGUUUAUUGCAGCACGGAGAUGAGCUGCAAACCUUAUUAUUCAGCAGAUGACAGCAUUGCGCUUACUGGGCAUCAUUUGUUUGUUCCCUUUUAUAAUUUCAUGAUGUUGCUCAGAACCCAUGUUUUAAAACUGCAACUAACUAGCUAGUGUAUAGAAAUGAUAGGUUGUGCUAUGAAAAAAAAAAAUGGGAAAAAACAAACGGGGGGGAAAGAUGUAUAUUGAUAGGCUUGUUAUUGCAUUUGGUUUUACCUUGUAUUGUAUUGUACCUCUGACUGUAUUAUUUACAGGAAAACUUUUAUCAAAGAUCACUGUAGUAUGCAUUUUAUUUAUAUUAACACUUGUAACUGAAAAUGCUAGUUUUAGAACUUCCCAGUUUUAGGGUCUCUUGUUCCAAACCCUUUUUGAUUCGACCCUUCCAUUCUCCAGAGGCUAUCAGACACGGAGUCAGAAAUGGCAGGACUCCUAAAGAACACUUGUUAUAGUGUAUAUCCUUUUUCAUUGCCAUUAUUUGUUAUGCUUUUAAACGAACAUAUCUGUCCCUUGUGCAAUAAACAGGGAACUGUUAUAAUGUGUGUUUUGAUUGCAGUACAAUGAGUGUAAACAUAUCACUGUAUUAUUAUUAUUAUUGCCUUUCUCACGUAUUGUCGUGACAGUCCCCUACGCUCAUGUCAGGAUUAGAUGUGCCAGUUUCACUUUGUAAGCUCACACGUUAAGAAACGAUUUUGUGAUCAAUCAGCACGGCAAUCUUAUUCUAACUUCUCAGUUACACCGUUAUGGUAACCCAUGUAUUUAUUAGAAUUUUGUUUUGUCUUUUUUAUUUAAUUGCAUUUUAAUAUUUUGAGCGUGUUUUGUACCAAUAUUACCUUGGAGCACUGGUGCUAGUAAGUCAUAGUAUUCUGAGUGAAAAUGAAGUUGUAUGUGAUUAUGAUCAGAGCUUGGGAAGAUUUUAUAUUUAUGUAUACUCUUGCAAAUUCUGCGCAAUUGGAUAAUUAAAAAAAAAAAAAGCAAAAUUCUUCCCAGGUGCACAGUUGCUACUUUGGUGAUGAUUGAACGAUUCAAAAUAUAAAUGAUAAAAAAUUGAA